AUGUCGGACGCGCCGGCGAGCCCGCCGGGCGGCGGCUUCGGCGGCGUCAGGGAGCAGGAUAGGUUCCUGCCCAUCGCCAACAUCAGCAGCGUCAUGAAGAAGGCCAUCCUGGCCAACGGCAAGAUCGCCAAGGACGCCAAGGAGACCCUGCGGGAGUGCAUCUCGGAGUUCAUUGCUUCAUCGCCAGCGAGUGAGGCGAGUGACAAGUGCCAGAGGGAGAAGUGCAAGACCAUCAACAUCGAUGACCUGCUUUGGGCGAUGGCCACGCUAGGCUUUCAGGAGUACAUUGAGCCCCUCAAGGUUUAUCUGCAGAAUUACAGAGAGGUGCAUGCCCAUUUAGCCAUGUGGGAUUUUUUUAUCUGAACUAAUUGGGGAUGGAUUAGUGCUUUGAGAGUUAGGUAGGUCCAUGAUAGUUUAAUAUGUUGCUGUUGUAGCCUGAAAAGCUCUGUUUGGCACUUUUGUUAGUC